CUCAAGGCUCAACAUUUUUCUUUUCUACGGACGAUAAGAAACAAUUUUUUUUUCUUUUUUAAAGACCGGAAACAUCGAAAUCGUCUCUCCCAAGAACGGCAACAAGUCGGACUUUUUUCUGGGGAAAAGCAGAGAUUUAAAGAAUCUUUAUAUACUCGCAUGUGAUUAUACAUAUCUUUAUAUAUGCGUUUUGUGAGGCUGGUUAACCUAGGGUUUGAUUGAUCCAGACGUGUUGGCGCCAUGAAGAAGAGGCUCGAUACUCGAUUUCCCGCGGCCCGGAUUAAGAAGAUUAUGCAAGCGGAUGAAGAUGUGGGAAAGAUUGCUAAUGCUGUACCCCUCUUAAUGUCAAAGGCUUUGGAGCUCUUUUUGCAAGAUCUGUGUGAUCGGACUUAUGCUAUUACACUUAAGAGGGGAGCAAAAACUUUGAAUUCAUUACAUUUGAAACAAUGUGUACAAACUUUUAAUGUGUUUGAUUUCCUGAAGGAUAUAGUCAGCAGGGUUCCUGAUUUAGGUGGUUCUGAUACUGCAGUUGAUGAUAGAUCUACCAGUAAAAGAAGGAAGAUUGCUGAAUCCGGGGAUCAUGACAGUGAUGAUGACAUCCAACCCAAUCCAUUGCACGAGACAGCACCUCCAAGUGGCAGUAGUGGGCGGGGGAGAGGUAGGGGUAGAGGUAGAUGUCGUGGAAAAGGUCGGGCAGCAGAGAGAGAACAGACUACCAGUGUUUUAGGUGAUGAUGAAAAAAAUGAAUAUGAAGCAGUCAAGAACCGGCAAAGGCCAGACCCGGGUUCAGAACCCACGGAUCCAAACUCCGAGCCAGUUGGCCCACACAUAGAACCGACCGUGAGAAAUUUUGAUCUUAAUGUGGGUCCAAAUGAGACGGACGAUUCUUCAGGAGUGCCCGUUAAGCAGCGGGAGGAUUAUCCCGGAUGGUCGAACGUGGAAGGUAUGUCCAUUGAUCCUUUUGGACUUGCCCGUGAUCUGAUGGAUCGGAAUCAGGAAGCUGAGGAAGAAGACUAUGAUGAAGAAGGAUAAACUGAACCACUAGUGGAAUAAGAAAAAAAGCAAAGGUAGGAAAAUAGUAUAUUGGUUGUGGUUGAGUAUUUCAUCUCUAUGCAGAUGUCUACUGCCCUGUUUGGAUGAGUUGCUCUAUGGAAUUCAAACAAGGAUGGCAACAAUUAAAGGUUAGUUCAGAUCUGUAUUUAUCAGCACCCUAGUGAAAUCUUCAAAUAAAUAAUGCCAUUCAAUGUUAACUUAUUAUAAUCUUUAUCAUCAUCAUUGUCUAUGAUCCCAUUUGACAUUAGCUUUAGAAUUUUGAAAAUGAUAUCCAACGGUAGCUUUUAGUGUUAG